ACAUUUUUUUCCACCAAAUUUUUUUUUGUGAUACUUUGUAAACCUUUUUUUCGCCCUUCCUUUUUUUUAAACUCCAAUACAACCAGACGUCCCCAGGGCUGCGCCUUGCAGUGGUGAUUGUUUUAAAUUUUUAUUUAGAAUAUUUGGGCUUCCCCUCUUUUAAUUGAAAAAUAAUUCUUUAGCCAGGCACCUCAUGCGGGGUGAAAUUCACUUUCUUCCCCUCCCCCUAACCUUCGUGUGGAUGGAAUUCGUGGAGAUCCGGUUACUAAGGAUAUAGUGCAAAAAAAAAAAUUAAAUCGCGUGCCUGCCUUUUUUUCUAAUUGCCAGCUUCUCACCCCCAAAUUAAGUUGCUUAGAGAAGGAGAAAAGAACGUUUUCUCCUGAUUCAAUCAACGAAACAAAACCUUAAAUUUUCCUUUUCCUGAGGUUCUUAGCCUCAGUAAGGAGCUGAGGCUGGAGGUGUUGACAUUCAAUAGCUACUUCUCUUCGUUCUGCAUUUGGGGGGCAGUGAGGAGAGAAGGGAGAACUAGCCCUCCUGAAUCCCCGUUUUUUCUCCCUUUUCCUUUGUAUCUUCCCUUGGUCAGCCCGGUCUGUUUCCUUUGCGGGGCUGGGAGAGACGACCUGAAUCGGGUGCCAGUGGAGCGGGGUGGGGAAGCCGGAGAGGAGCGGUCCCUCCCCUGCCAGGCCCCCCCAAACCCCCCCACUCCCUCCGGGCUCCGAGAGACUGGCGCAUGUUACGGAGCGUCCCUCCUGCCGCUGCCGCUCCUGCCCGGGCUCCUGCUGCUGCUGCUGCUGCUGCUGCUGCUGCUGCCGCUGCCGCCUGCGACUGCUGCCCCAACUCGGCGCCCAAAUUCUUCAUGGUGUGCGGAGGUCAUGUUCGCUCCUUAGCCGGGAAACGACUUUUCUCCUCGCCUCCUCGUCCCGCAUGUUCAGGACCAAACGAUCGGUGCUCGUCCGGCGUCUCUGGAGGAGCCGUGCGCCCGGCGGGGAGGACGAGGAGGAGGGCGCAAGAGGAGGCGGAGGCGGAGGAGGAGGAGGGGAGCCGAGGGGGGAAGGGGCGACGGACAGCCGGGCGCAUGGGGCUGGAGGCGGAGGCGCUGGUAGGGGUGGCUGUUGCCUGGGCAAGUCGGUCAAAGGUGCCAAAGGUCACCACCACCACCAUCACCACCACCCCUCCUUGGGCGCCGGCGCUGCCGGGGGCUCGGAGGCGGAAUUGAAGGCGCUAACCCACUCGGUAUUGAAGAAACUGAAGGAGCGGCAGCUGGAGUUGUUGCUGCAGGCGGUGGAGUCCCGCGGGGGCACCCGCACCGCUUGCCUCCUCCUGCCAGGCAGAGUGGACUCCAGGCUGGCGCUGGGGCAGGGGCCGCCCGCGUCCCCUCUCCAGACUCAGCCUACCCAGCCUCAGCCGCCGCCGUCGUCCUACUCGCUUCCCUUGUUGUUGUGCAAAGUGUUCAGGUGGCCAGAUCUCAGGCAUUCCUCGGAAGUCAAGAGGUUGUGUUGCUGUGAAUCUUACGGGAAGAACAACCCGGAGCUGGUCUGCUGCAACCCUCACCACCUUAGUAGACUCUGCGAACUAGAGUCUCCCCCUCCUCCCUACUCCAGAUACCCAAUGGAUUUUCUCAAACCAACUGCAGAGUGUCCAGAUGCUGUGCCUUCCUCCACUGAAACAGGGGGAACUAAUUAUCUGGCCCCUGGGGGGCUUUCAGAUUCCCAACUUCUUCAGGAGCCUGGGGAUCAGUCACACUGGUGCGUGGUAGCAUAUUGGGAGGAGAAAACAAGAGUGGGUCGGCUCUACUCUGUCCAAGAGCCCUCCUUGGACAUCUUCUACGAUCUACCUCAGGGGAAUGGCUUUUGCCUCGGACAGCUCAAUUCGGACAACAAGAGUCAGCUGGUACAGAAAGUCCGUAGCAAAAUUGGCUGCGGCAUCCAGUUGACUAGAGAAGUAGACGGCGUAUGGGUGUAUAACCGUAGUAGUUACCCCAUCUUUAUCAAGUCGGCCACACUGGAUAACCCCGACUCCAGGACGUUGUUGGUGCACAAGGUGUUCCCGGGUUUUUCCAUCAAGGCAUUUGACUAUGAGAAAGCAUACAGUUUGCAGCGGCCCAACGACCAUGAGUUCAUGCAGCAGCCAUGGACGGGCUUCACCGUGCAGAUCAGCUUCGUGAAAGGCUGGGGCCAGUGUUACACAAGGCAGUUUAUCAGCAGCUGCCCAUGCUGGUUGGAGGUCAUAUUCAACAACCGAUAACGCAACAGGAACCGGAGGGGACUAGAUGAUGUUUAAAACUACUUUGCUGCUAAUAUUUUCCUUCUGAGUGCUUGCUUUUCAUGUAAACUCUUUGGUUGUUUUAUUUUUUAAUUGUUGUUUAUGGUUUUCUGUUUGUUUUGUUCUCGAGAAAUAGCUUAUGGAAAGAAUUAUUUGGUUUUGGCGGGGAGGGAAAUAGGAUGGGGAGGGCUACCUGGUAAGUUGAGAAUUUAAAAGCGGAGUAAAAACCAACAGCACCAAAUGAAAUGACCAAUGAGUCAGAAGAGAAGAGGGGAGUCACUUUCCCUGUCCCAAGUCACCAUUUCACUUGUCCAGUCUAUAUGGCCAAGAGGGGGACAAUUAUGCCAGGGGAGAACAUGGACACUUUGUGAUACAGAUGGAGGGUAUUUCUCUUAAGAAUGAGCUUCAGUAAGAAGCCUAUAGCCACAAUAGCUCUUUAGCCCUUUGGAAAUGCUUGAGGGGUCGGGAUGUUAGUGCCCUAUUAGGUUCUAUUGGUUGGUUAGGUGUUCCCAUAUAAUAAGGCCACCUCCAUGAUAGAGCCCCCUUGACCUGGCCCCUCCCCAGGUACUUUUCCCCCCUUUAUUAUUAAGCUUGGAAUAGAAGGCCAAGGGCCCACGCACACACAGGUCUCUUGGAAACAAACAGCAAGAUUCUGAACGAGAACCAAGACUCUCACCCUGGUCAUCCCAACCUUUUGCCACCCUCACUGCUGCCAUAAUUGUUUUUUUUCUUUUUUUUCCCCUCUUUUUUGGACAUCUUGGUUUUUCGGUGAGUUUGACUUCCCUGAAAUAUUGCUUAUAAAGUGCCCGCUUUCCCAAGGCUGCUGUUCCUACCACAGGAAAAAACUGACUUGGCCUCUCUCCUCCUCAAAACCACACUGUUUAGACCAGUGAGUUGGGGAGGAGAGGGAAAGAGAAGCUUCCUAAGUGGGAAGGAAUGGAAUGGAAGCUAUACCCCCUGCUUCACCACACCCUCUCCCCUUCCACUAUCUCCUUGAUGGUCCAUCUUAACCCAAAGCCGGUUAUCAAGGUACCACUUGUGUCCCAGAAUACUGUGUUUUCAUUUCUUCUACAACUCAUACACUUGUAUGAUACUUUUACACUGUUCUUAGCUCAAUGAGCAUGUUUAGACCUUAACAUAAGCUAUUUUUCUAACUACAAAGGUUUAAAUGAACAAGAGAAGCAUUCUCAUUGGAACUUUAGCAUUGUAGUGCUUGGUGAGAGAGAAAGGACUCCUGAAAAAAACUGAGAUUUAUUAAAGAAAAAAUGUAUUUUAUGUUAUAUAUAAAUAUAUUAUUACUUGUAAAUACAAAGACGUUUUAUAAGCAUCAUUAUUUAUGUAUUGUGCAAUGUGUAUAAACAAGAAAAAUAAAGAAAGAUGCACUUUGCUUUAAUAUAAAUGCAAAUAACAAAUGCCAAAUUAAAAAAAGAUAAACACGAGAUUGGUGUUUUUUCUAUGGGUGUUAUCACCUAGCUGAAUGUUUUUCUAAAGGAGUUUAUGUUCCAUUAAACAAUUUUUAAAAUGUACACUUGA